GUGCCUCAUCCGCUUUUUAACUUCCUCUAUGCUAUUUAACCUCCUCUAAUCAGAAUAUCAGAUACGAGCUCCUAACUCUUGUCUUCGAGUGCGUAAAACAGAGAAAUUAUUUUCAUAUAUAAAGUUAAGAGAGAAAAAACGAAAAAGAAAGAAAGCAAAAAAGAGAGGUCAUGCACAGAAGAAAAAAGUAGUACGAAAUUUUGAAGAUCAUCAAAAUAAUUACUCUAAUAAUUACUACUUCAUUAUCUACAAUGGCGGGAAAUCCCAUUAUCUUCUUUCUCAUCUAAAUAACCUUCACCGAAUUUUUCUUCAACAAUUUCUUUCAGGGUAACCCGAAUUAUACGGCAACUCUUUUUCUUCUAUCUAUUUUUUCUUAUAAUCUUCAUGAUUCGUCAUUUUUAGGGUUUUCAAUUAGGGUUUCAGGAUACACAUUUUAUACUUCAUGUUGGUUUCAUAGUCUUAUAGAUCUUCAUUAUCUAUAUAGAAAUUGAAUUUUGUUGAUGAUUUGUUACCUUUUUCUGUAAUAAAGGCUCAAAAUUUUAGUUGUUAGGUUUUGCAAUAAGAAUUCACAUUUCCUUGUUUCUUCUCAGAAAAAUAAUUACAAUUUUCUUUUUUCUUUUUUUUUUUGCGGAAUUAAUUGGAAUCAUGAAUUUCUCAAUCAGGCAUGAGAAAUGAUUAAUUUUGUAUGAGAUUUGGAUAUAUUAGUACAUUGUAGAGUAAGUUAAGUAGGGAAAUGGAUUCAGCAAGGAGUUGGUUUUCAAAGUUUCAACCAAGAGAUAAAUUUAGAGCAAAGAAGGAAGCACCAGAUGGUAAAGAAGGGUCAAAAUUGGUUGUAAAUGAUGAAAUGGUGCCUUCUAAUGUAACUAAACAAAAAGUUGCUGCAGCAAAACAGUACAUAGAAAAUCAUUAUAAGGAACAAAUGAAGAAUUUGCAGGAGAGGAAGGAAAGACGUGAUAUGCUUGAAAGGAAGCUGGCUGAUGCUGAUGUGUCUGAGGAAGAGCAGAACAACCUUUUUAAGCACCUGGAAAAGAAAGAAACAGAGUAUAUGCGCCUACAGAGGCAUAAGAUGGGAGCUGAUGAUUUUGAGCUGCUGACGAUGAUAGGAAAGGGUGCUUUUGGGGAGGUCAGGGUCUGUAGAGAGAAGGCAACAAGUCAUGUAUAUGCAAUGAAGAAGCUGAAGAAAUCGGAAAUGCUUCGCAGAGGGCAGGUCGAGCAUGUUAAAGCUGAAAGGAAUCUACUUGCAGAAGUUGAUAGCAAUUGCAUAGUCAAACUUUACUGUUCUUUCCAAGACGAGGAGUUCUUGUAUCUAAUUAUGGAAUAUCUACCUGGUGGAGAUAUGAUGACUUUACUUAUGCGGAAGGAUACUUUGACUGAAGAUGAAGCCAAAUUUUACAUAGGGGAAACAAUUCUGGCUAUUGAAUCUAUCCACAAACAUAAUUACAUCCACAGAGAUAUUAAACCCGACAAUCUAUUGCUGGAUAAAUGUGGGCACAUGAAGCUGUCCGACUUCGGACUGUGUAAGCCAUUAGACUGCAGUACACUACAUGAAAAGGAUUUUUCUGUGGCAAACAAUGGAAAUGGAUCCCAGCAGAAUGAUGAGGGCCGGACUGCACCAAAACGUACACAACAGGAGCAAUUGCAACAUUGGCAGAGAAAUCGGAGGAUGCUGGCUUACUCUACUGUUGGUACACCUGACUAUAUUGCUCCAGAAGUUUUGUUGAAGAAAGGAUAUGGAAUGGAAUGUGAUUGGUGGUCACUUGGAGCUAUUAUGUAUGAAAUGCUUGUGGGAUAUCCACCUUUUUAUUCAGAUGAACCAAUGUCAACAUGCAGAAAGAUCGUAAACUGGAGAACUCAUUUGAAGUUUCCCGAGGAAGCAAAACUGUCCGUAGAAGCUAAAGAUCUUAUUGGGAAGCUUUUGUGCAAUGUUGAGCAAAGACUCGGAACUAAAGGUGCUAAUGAAAUAAAGGCUCACCCAUGGUUUGACGGUGUCGAAUGGGACCGACUGUAUCAGAUGGAAGCUGCGUUUAUUCCAGAGGUCAAUGAUGAGUUGGAUACUCAAAACUUUGAAAAGUUUGAAGAGGCUGAAAACCAGACUCAGACCUCCGCCAAAUCAGGACCGUGGAGAAAGAUGCUCUCAUCAAAGGACAUUAACUUUGUCGGCUACACGUAUAAGAAUUUUGAAAUUGUCAAUGAUCAUCAAGUACCUGGACUUGCUGAACUGAAGAAAAAGAGCACCAAAUCAAAGAGACCAUCCAUCAAAUCCCUUUUUGACGACGAUUCAAGACAUCCUCAUCAACCUGUUCAAGGGAGCUUUCUCAAUCUCUUGCCUCCUCAACUAGAAGUCUCUGAAACCCAACAAUCCCCCUAAUUCCAUUGCGUAUUUGUCCAUUUGCAAAGGAAAAGAUAGACGAAGAAUCCCAACCCACAGAAUGUGGGGGUGGGGUGCUAUUUAAAAAAAGAGAAUGUAGCUUCACUUUUCCUUCCAUCUCUUCUAGACGCCGGAGAUGGGCUACUUUGACAAGCUUGUAUUUUGUAUUGCAGUAGUAAAAGGUGGGGAGUCGGAAAAUUAGCUUUGGAUCUAACUUAAAAAGAUCAGAGUCAGGAGGGUCUUUGUAAAUUCUGUUAUUUAUUAAAGUAAAUAUUCUUUUAUUUUAC